GUUGAACCGGGAGACAGGCGGGAGUCGAUUAAUCACGCCGUACAUACAUUACAAGUAUUUAAACUGUUAAGGAGACAAUGGUAUGAGAUGGCCUCCACUUCUUGUCAACUAUCUUUAGAGGAAAUUGAUGAUAUUCUAUUUGGAUCUGACUCAGAAUUAGGGUCAGAUAUUGAUGAACCUACAUCAGAUGAUGAUUAUGAUGAUGUUAUUUUACUCCUUCUUCAAGUCCCUCAUCGGGAAGGAUGUUGUAGUGGAGCUGAAAAAUGAUCUUAGCAUAUGUGGAACCUUGCACUCUGUAGACCAAUACCUGAAUAUCAAGUUGACAGAUAUAAAUGUAACGGAUACCGAAAAAUAUCCACACAUGCUCUCUGUGAAGAACUGCUUCAUUCGUGGGUCUGUUGUUCGCUACGUUCAGUUACCUGUUGAUGAAGUAGACACUCAGCUCUUACAAGAUGCAGCAAGAAGAGAAGCUCAGCAACAGCGACAAUAAAAUAAAAUAAUUUGUUUUAAUUUUUUUGCUUUAAUUUUCCACAUUAAUUAAAUGCAGUUAUUUAAGUUUAUGCAUUAUUAAAUAAUGCAUUUUAUUUAGUUCCUUUUAUUUUUUGGUUGUGUAAGUCAUGAUGUUUGCAUAUCAUCUGUUUCAGUAUUUUCAUCUUUAACUUUAAGCCUUUUCAUUUAGUAUUCAAGGAUUCAUUCUUUUAUACCUUCUUAGACAAGGUUUUGAUGAAAUUUAUAUACAUGGAUACUAUUAUAAAAAUAAAGAAACAGUUGGCUUUGAAAUAUUUUUGAUUGUGUUGAAGCAAAAUUUCUGUAAUAUCAAGUGGCACCCAUUGACAAUGCUAAUGUCCUGAAUUUACAGACAGUGAAACUCAAGAUAUUGGUAGGAGAAUAAAAAUGUAGAAAUAGAGAUACAGUAAUAGCGUAGACAGAUAAUUUAUUAAUCAUUUUUACAUGAUGUUUCCAUGUAAUAGAUAGAGUACCAUGAUUUUGAGUUGUAAAGGAAUUUAUAUUUUUUGUGGAUUAAAGUGAUUAGUCUACAGUAAAUUAAUGUCAAAAUGUAUUGUACGUACUUUAUUAAAUAAUUCUUAAUAAA